UCUCGCGACGCCGCGCGAUCGCGAUCGCGACGCGCGCCGCGCCCGGACGCCGACGAUGAAACCGUCCGACGGCGUCGACGUCGCGCGCCGCGCGUCGUCGACGUCGCCGCCGCGCACGCCCGAGCGCGACGCGACGAUCGCGCGGCGACCGCGGCGCGACGACGCGACGGUGCCGACGACGACGACGACGGACGCGACGGCGCGAGCGCGCGCGGACGCGAGCGAGUGGUUGGAAUUCGACGGCGCGCGCGACGACGGGGUGCUGGAGGGGUUUCCGUACGAACUCGGGGCGCUGGAGUCGAUGUUGGACGAUUGGCUGCCGGACGACGACGGCGAGGGAUGGGCGACGACGACGACGAACGAGGACGCGAGCGGACGCGCGGAGAGCGAGUGCGGGAGCGGAAGGAAGGGCGGAGGGACGUCGUCGGACGACGGUGGGACGUCGUCGAUGUCGGCGAGGAGCGCGGGGAAGGUGGACGGGAACGCGACGGAGACGGAGGCGGAGCGAUUGGAGCGAUUGCGACGCAAUCGCGAGAGCGCGAAGAACAUGCGAGCGCGGAAACGGGAGUACGUCAGGGAUUUAGAAAAGCGCGCGAGUGCGCUGGAAAAACAAAACGGGGCGUUGCAAGGGAUGGUGAUGCACUUGACGAAUGAGAAUCACGCGCUGAGGAUGAAUCUGCAAGCCGCCACGGGGGUGGCGUUGCCGACCGUCAUGGUGCCGGCGCCGUACCCGACGAUGACGCCCAAGUUGCCGUUACCGCCGUUAGACGCUCCAAUCAUUGAAACUCCGCCAUCACCGCAGUUAGAUUUGAAGAAACCGGCGCCGAAGCGGCGGAAGAAAACGGUCGCCGCGUCAGUGACGGCGUUGGCGUUGGGUGCCCUAUCCGUGGUGGGACUCGCGGCGCCGCGCUCGAAUUCGGCGGGGACUCAAUUCUCGUCAAGCAGUCGUCGAUUAUUAGCCAUCACAGCGGCACCGGAGGAUCCUUUGACGAAGAUUGGCGUCAAUGUGACUUCCCUGCGAGAGGAAAUCAUGAGAAACGACGACGAGCGGACGUUUUCGUUACCGGACAGAGCCGUGGCGGAAGGUAUCGCGCUGUGGGGAGAUAAGACUUCUGAUGGCCGAAUCGUGAAUGUCCUUAAAUCUACCAACGUCAACGAUCCGUGGUUCAGCGCGUUCAAGGCGGCGGGAAUGCCACAGCACGUCAACCUUCUCAGUCGCGUGUCGUGUACCGAGGUUUUCAAAUUCAAGGGAAGCGAUGAAGCUAACGCCGAACCCGGUGCUGUCGCGACGACGAGCGCUUGGACGAACGAACAAAGGGAGAAAAUGGAACGCAAAAAGUAUUCGGGUGCCAUUCCACUGCCGAGUGGUCGAGAAAACGUCACGAAAGUUUCGGAACAGACCAGUUUGGAAGCAGAGGAUUCACUCGUGAGCGUUCUUUUGCCUCCACCAGUGGAAGGCGUGAUGCAGCAAUUGAGCAAGCUGUUCGUGGUGACGUUCAACAAACGCACGGCGGACUACACUACGCAUUCCUGCCUCAUGCCCCAGCCGAUGACGCAGGCGCAUCAUCACGUAUAAUCAACAUUUAAUGUGAAUUGAAAUUUGUGUAC